UCUAAAACUUUCGUUGCAAGUUUGACAGUCGCAAAACGACAUUUCCAUUUCAAAGCGACGAUGAGCUUUGAUUCAUCCCGUUCUGCGAAUUCCGGCUCCAAAUCUAAACGUAGUCUCAGUUCAAACCCUACAAGCAGCAAUACCAGUAGUAAAAGGAAGAAGACGAGCCAGAAAACCCUAGGCAUGGCUUGGGGGGCCAAUUCUCGCUCUUCUUCGCGCCCUGCCUUCAGCCACUCUCCUUUCUCCGAUUUCGGCAGUUACAUGGCCGUCAAGAAUCGAAAGUUACACCAACAAUUUGAUGCCGAGGCUUCGAGCUCUUCCUACAGUGGGACAAGUUCUUCAAAGGAAUCAAGACCAAUAUUUCAAGGAGUUUCAAUUUUUGUAGAUGGAUAUACUGUUCCUUCCAAUCAGGAACUUCGAGGUUAUAUGUUGAGGUAUGGAGGGAACUUUGAAAAUUAUUUUUCAAGGCAUCGUGUCACUCAUAUAAUAUGCAGUAAUCUUCCUGAGAGCAAAAUCAAGAAUGUGAGGUCCUUUAGUUGUGGACUUCCCGUAGUUAAACCUGCUUGGGUGCUGGAUUCCAUUGCUGCUAAUAGACUUUUGAGCUGGGUUCCUUAUCAGCUGGAACAGGUUGCAAGCGAAGCUAGUAACCAACCAAAGUUGUCUGCCUUCUUUACAUCAAAAAACUGCACACCUGCUAUUCUAGAAAAGUGCUCAACUGACCAGGCAAUAUCUAAAGGUGAUACACCAUUGAUGGAAGGCAGCGUCAGUGAGAGUGGUAAUUCUUCUGGAGUAAGGGGUUCUGUAGACGAUUCAAAUGCAUGCAAUCCAGAAUCUAGUGACCCCAGUCAUGUGAGCGCUAUUGGAGCUGAAGCUGAAGAGUCAUCUUGCAGUGGCAGUGGAAGCGGAAGCUACAAUGCAUCCCACCCUAGUACUCUUAAUGCUUCUGAUGACUGCCAAGAUGAGAUUGAUAAGGGGGAAUCAAUUUUAAAAACUUCUAGGCCUUCUAAUAAGCAGCAUUCAACUCUAGUGGAUUCUAAUUUCGUGGAGAAUUAUUUCAAGAACUCAAGGUUGCAUUUUAUUGGUACCUGGAGAAACCGGUAUCGUAAGCGUUUUCCAAGCUCUUCUGGUGGAUUUAGAUGCAUUACUGUUAAUUCUGCAGCCAAACCUCAGGCUACUUCCAUAAUUCAUGUGGACAUGGAUUGCUUUUUUGUGUCAGUGGUUGUCAGGAACCACCCUGAGUUGCAGGGAAAACCUGUUGCCAUUUGCCAUUCAGAUAAUCCGCGUGGAACAGCAGAAAUUUCAUCUGCAAAUUAUCCUGCUAGGAAUUAUGGAGUUAAGGCUGGAAUGUUUGUAAGAGAUGCUAAGGCUCUUUGCCCUCAACUUGUCAUUCUUUCUUAUGACUUUGAAGCUUAUGAGGAGGUGGCUGACAAGUUUUAUGACAUUUUGCAUAAGCACUGCAAGAAAGUUCAGGCCGUCAGUUGUGAUGAAGCAUUUUUAGAUGCCACUGACUCAGGGGUGGAGGACAUUCAAGCAUUUGUCAGACUGAUCAGGAAGGAAAUUGUUGAGAUAACAGGAUGCACUGCAAGUGCCGGUAUUGCUGGAAAUAUGCUUAUGGCCCGUCUUGCUACCCGAACUGCAAAACCUGAUGGACAAUGUUGUAUCCCUCCUGAGAAGGUUGAAGAGUAUCUACAUGAACUUCCAGUAAAAGCCCUCCCUGGAAUCGGUUAUGUCUUGGAAGAGAAACUGAGAAAGCGAGAAAUUACCACUUGUGGGCAGCUGCAGAUUAUAUCCAAGGAAUCACUUCAGAAGGACUUUGGUAUCAAAACCGGUAAUAUGUUGUGGAACUAUAGUAGAGGGAUUGACAACCGGUUGGUUGGAAUGGCUCAGGAAAACAAGUCAAUAGGUGCUGAUGUAAACUGGGGUGUGAGGUUCAAAGAUUUAAAAGAUGCUCAGCAUUUCUUAGGGAAGCUCUCUGAAGAGGUUUCAUUGCGUCUGCAGGGAUGUGGAGUUAAAGGCCGCACUUUUACCCUCAAGAUAAAGAAGAGGAAGGUUGAUGCUGGGGAGCCAGCAAAAUAUUUGGGCCAUGGAAUCUGUGACAACCUGAGCCACUCUACCACGGUGCCAAUGGCUACAGAUGAGGCUGACGUGCUUCGUAGGAUAGCUUCUCAGCUCUUUGGACAUUUCCAAAUAGAUGUAGAGGAUAUAAGAGGAAUGGGCUUGCAAGUUACAAAACUUGAAAUGACGGAAAAUGCAAAACAAGGUAAUGAGAAGAACACCAUUCGUGCUUGGCUUUCUUCUACCACGACAAAGGGCAGUAACCAUUUAAAAAGUAGUCCGGCAAAGGGUGCUGACACAGAUGAUGAUAUUCAAAGCGUUGAUGAAGACUCUGCCCCUUUGUGCAGUGAUUCAAUUGGACCUUUGGUUCAAAGGAAUGCUAGGUUGUCCACUGGUAAUGUUGGUAAUAGACAAGAUGCAGCUCUCCCUCCUAUGCAUGAUCUGGAUGUGAGUGUUAUAGAGUCUCUUCCUCCUGAGCUUCUUUCAGAAAUAAACAACAUGUACAAUGGGAAACUAUUGAGAUUUAUUUCAGAGAAGAAAAACAAUAGUGCUGAUAUAUGCCCCAACAAUUUUGAAGGUCCAUCAGAGAAAGUUUUGGCCAGUUAUGAGGUGCAUCCAUAUAACAAGGAGGAAGUUCAAUCAGUCUCUUUCUCUAAUAAAUUGACUGUUGAUGAGAAAACUGGGCCAGUCUCUGUAUCUGGUGUAGAGAAAUCAAAUAUGAUUAUUAAUGCUUCUGCUGCUGCGGACACAUGUAUAAUGCCCUCAUCUCUAAGUCAAGUAGAUACCUCAGUUUUGCAGCAGCUGCCUGAGGAGUUGAAGACGGACAUACUUGAGCUCCUUCCCCCACAUAGGACAGGCGUGCCACUGUCAGAUGCUUCCCUAAAGUAUGUUGAUAACCCGGACAGUUCAAGGGAUUCUAUUCUAAGCAAUGAACUCUGGGUUGGACAUCCACCUAAAUGGGUUGACAAAUUCAUAGUUAGUAAUUGCUGGAUCUUGAAGAUUUUUGCUGAGGCUUAUUGUAAAGCAGGACCAAAGAACCUGUUAUCAUCAAUACUGCAGAAGUUUAUAUCUGGAAUAUGUGUACCUGAAGAAGUGGGUACUGAUGGAUGGUGUGAUGCUGUUAGUUGCAUGUGUGAACUUGUCAAGCAAUAUGUUGAACUAAAAAUUGAAACAGACAUUGAAGAGGUUUAUGUUUGUUCCUGCCUUUUAAGAAGAUUAACUACAAGGUCAAAAGUUUUCCAUGAAGUUUACAACAGCCUGCUUCCUUACCUUCAGGCAUCUGUUAGCGAGAAGUAUGGGGGAAGUCUACAGCUCUCUCCCGUGAAGGACUAAUUUAUUACAAGUGACCUCUUCUUUUGUCGAAGAUGGUGGCAAGACCUGAUAAUCAGAAAACCACCUUCAGAAUUCCAACUAUGCUGUUUAAUCUGGGAAGGACUCUGGCCACCGACAGCUCAAGGCCGCUCGCUUCUACUCUACAUAUAGCUUUUGGCAGUCUUUGCUGUGCCCCAGCAGCAGGAAAAAUGCCAUUGUUUGUGGGUUGUUAUGCUCUAUCAUGCCUUCAUUUCCCUACACCCUGUGCAGCUUAGUUGGAGCCCAUAGAAGUCAAACUCUGGUCAGGGAUGUUUGUUGAAUCAAAUAUUGAAACCAACCAGAUUGACAGGUAACAAGUGCGUUUGGCUUCAAUUACGGAGUAGUAUCUUUAAUUAUCUUUUAAUCAGGAAAGUACAGGGAAAAAAUAGAGACUGAGGAUACACGUAAAUUAUUGUUCAAAUUGUUAUUAAAACUAUGAAUAAGAAUUAUUCAAAUUUUGUUAGCUAUGGAAUAAUGAAUAAUAUAUCUGUGAAUUAUCAAA